AUGCAGAAGUCGUCGGCCGUGAUGGCCGCGUCGAUGAGGUCGAAGUGGAGCACGGCCUUGAGCUCGCGGUACGUGAGCGCGAGGAGGUCGUCGGCGGUGCGGAACGGGGCGCGCGGGUCGUUCUGGUUCGCCUAUGCUGAGGCGGCGACGCCGUUGGCGCGGGCGCGGCCGCUGGGCGUCGAGGCGGCGCCGUUGCUCACUACGGACGUGUAA